UAGGUCGAGUCAUCUUGGAAUAGAAAGAAAUCUGUAACGAAAGAAGUAUUUCUGUACAUAUUGCAAACAGUAGACAAUAUAAUUUCUUUGUGUUGGGGAAAAAGAAGUAUCAUGUAAAGCAGCUUUACUUGGACAUGAAUUUUCUGUUUUUAACUACUAAAUGCACAAUUUGAAUUUAUAAAAAUAGAGAGAAAAUAAAAAUUAAGCCUCAUAGACUUUCACGCUCUUAUGUCAUUCUCUUUUAAGUUCAUAAAGGAUCACAAUCCACUUCACAUUUGGUAGGAUUCAUGUAAGUUGAAUCUUCUAACUGUCUGUUAUCCAGAACCAAUUCUAUUGUUGAUGGUUUCACUUGUGAAGACCAGACUGAAACCACAGUUAAAGUCUAAAGGCAUGAUUAGCAUGAUACUAUGUUAGGACAGGCAUGCUGAAUGACAUGAGUCCCAUAUUGCAUAUAAAUGCAAAACCUUGUUCAGUGGUUUUGAGUAGUAACAAGCAGAUCAAAGAUGAAGGUGUUCAGGUCAGGGAUUCAGGUUCUGCCAUUGUUACUGGUUUUCUUGAUCAUAAUGGCAGGUUUGGUUGCAGGAGGGCAAGGCACUCCUUGCACAAGAACCUUCUUCUCUGCACUGGUGCAGCUCAUACCUUGUAGGGCAGCAGUUGUUCCUUUUAGUCCCAUUCCACCAGGUGAAGCAUGCUGCAAUGCCAUUAGAGCUCUGGGACAGCCAUGUUUAUGCUUACUUGCCAAUGGCCCUCCAAUAUCUGGUAUAGACCGCGACAUAGCUUUGCAGCUCCCGGCGAAGUGCGCUGCUAACUUUGAACCAUGUGAAGUCAUGAAGUGAAGUUGGAGCUUGAAAGAGUUAGAAUGUUCCAGCUUAUUAAAAUAAAUAUUUUUAUAUAUUAGGAUUAAUCUACGCCAUAUCCUUCUAAGUUCUUACAAUAAAGUGUAAUGUGGGUUAUAAUCUUUCUUGUCCUUCUUAUUAUUUUCCAGGUCGUGAAUUAUAGAAAUGUUCCUUUUUGCGGCUGAAAA